AUGAACGGCUUAACAGGAUCGAGGAUUUUUACCUUGUUAUUUGGUCUUCAUUUAGCAUCAACUACAGCCAGUCUCAAAACUGAGACUGAAGUGGACACAAGUGAAAAUGAGGUUGUUGCCCCAGACUUCACUAACAGGAAUCCUCGGAACUUGGAGCAGUUGGCCCUGGCUAGGAAGGAGCGUGGCUGGAAGACAACAUGGCCAAAGCGUGAAUUCUGGCAUAGGUUACGCCUUGAGCGGACACAGCAUUAUGUAGAAGCCUUCGUUGAGCGCUGUAAUGGGGAUGUUGUAGUAUCUGCCUCUACCCGAGAGUGGGCCAUAAAGAGACACCUGUACAGUCCCAAGGGAGUAUCAGCUUGCAAAAACCUUGGCCGUGUAAUGGCACAGCGCUGUUUAGAAGCAGGAAUCAACUUUGUGAACUUUAAAGCUGUUAUACCCUGGGAAUAUCGUUGUGACUCGAUUCAGGAAUUUGAAAAAGCAAUGGAGGAGGGUGGUGUCGUCCUGCGUGAGCCACGAAGAAUCUAUCAGUAAAAGGGAGACCAUUGGGAAAACUUUCCAGGGAGCAACAAUGACUUCUUUAGGUGUGUGUACAGGCACAGUGAAGGUCCAGAGCUGGAAAAAGUUGAAAUAGGGUAUCUUACAAUAAAAU